GUAUAUCAUAAACAUGACUUGUAUUUUAAAACACGUGAACAUAUUGUUUUUCGAAAUCAAAAUGGCGUCACUUACGUAAUUUGAAAUUUUCGUUACACUUUUUGUGUUAGAAUUAAACAUUUGGUAACUGGUUUUGCAUUAAAAAUGAAAUGUUUUCCGGAUUCGAGGGAUAAAUCCGUCAAGUUGCAGCCAACACAGUUGACACGGUUGGCUGCUUGUCAUAUCAAAGAUUAAGUGCCAAGGGGCUGGUUCGAUUAGAAAGAUUCAUGGCUGACAAGUUAUUGGUUAUAAUAAUGACUAUCCCUCCAGUGAUAUUAGAAAUCACAACGUUUUCUUCACAGAAGAAGGAAAAAGAAACCUCAUUGAACACAGACUUUACAGAAUAUCUGUGGAUGGAAAACGAGGAAGAGUUUGACGAAGAAGUGCUGAAGCAGUUGGAAGAAGAGGCACUGAUGGACGAGUGCAUGGAGGCUAUGCUGGAAGAGGAGAUGAUGCUCAUGGACCUGAACGACUAUUGGACGAACGGCGUCGUUCCCGGAGGAGACGAAAACAUAGCGGAGAGGAGCCUGCUCAACCCGGACGCCGACGAGUUCGUUCCACAGUCCCUAUCUUAAAGACAGUUGCCAACUCUCAAAUUAUCAGUAUAUAACUUAAUUUUCCUUGUUUUUAAUGUCUUGUUUAAUUUGUGUUUUAGUUCGAGGUUGUAAAUCUUUGUAUUAACUGUUUCCAUUUAUGUAGCGCUACUGUCUUCUUAAUUUAUUUGUGUCGUGUGAAGUUUGAUCAGUAGAAUUCUUCAAUCAUGAGUUUACUAGUUUUUUUUUUUUUUUUAAACAAGAAUUAUAUCGUUUUGAAAUAUAUUACUAUUGAAGUGUAAAUUAGAUUUAUUUGUUUUGAUGAAGAGAUUAGUGUUAAGAGAAGAUACGUAGAAGCCCGUGGCACAUCUCAAAGCUGCAGGUCAGUGUCAAUUUAUUUCACUUGGAAAAGUUUUAACAUUUUAUAUUUCACUGACGUGAGGAUAACCUCAAAGAUAUAGAUGUUCGGAUUCAGUCGAUUGUGAUAAUAACAAUUACUUUUACCAAUUUAUUAAGUGUUUGGUUAUCAUAAAAAUUAAUUUGUCAUCAGAGAAUUGUUAUCAUUUUAGGUGAAUAAUUAAUUGAAGCAGGUGGUGAUAGAUAAGACCUCGGACAAUCAACUUGAUUGGUACUUCAUAAUACUUAUAGCAGUUUUAAUAGUAUUACCUUCUUGUUUUAGUUUACUAGUUAUGUUUUUUCGGCCUCUACUACAAAUGUAAUA